AUGGUUCUGACAGAAGGCUUGGAAGAACAAAAGUGGAACUCCAAACAAUGCUUGUUCGGAAUCCGCCAUGCACUCGAAGCUUCAAGGGUGGAUAAGGGAAAAGCUGCAACUCCUGCUAAGCCCGAGGAAGUGAAGACAGCAGUGGCUGACAAAAAGGCUGAGGAAAAGAAAGAACCUGAAACAGCUGGUACUCAAGUGGCAUCAACAGCAGGGAAACCGGAGGAGAAGCCUGAAGAGAAAGCCGAUCAAGGCAAAGAGAAGAAAGAAGAAGGGGAAAAGAAAGAAGGUGAAAAGAAGGAAGGGGAAGGAGAAAAGAAGGAAGGCGAGGGAGAUAAGAAGAAAAGCGCUGAGAAAGAUGCAAAAACCCAACCAUCUGUACAGGUUCAAGAAGCCCAGACGAAACAGACGCAGAAAUCCGGAGAAAGUGGAGAAGAUAAAGACAAGGAUAAGGACAAAGAUAAGGAUAAGGACAAGGAUAAGCCGAAAGAAGACGAGAAACCGAAGGAGGAAGAGAAACCGAAGGAGGAGGAGAAGCCGAAGGAGGAGGAGAAGCCNCCAGACGAAACAGACGCAGAAAUCCGGAGAAAGUGGAGAAGAUAA